AUGGCAUCGAGUUCAAUUGCAGAAUUUGAGUAUGCUUUUGACGAAGCCUCCCUCGCUUGCUUGCCAAGAUAUCUGGUGGAACCCGUCGUCGCGAUGGGCCUGAAGCUUCGGCCGUUGUGCGCUUCGGACUACGUCAAAGGGCACUUGGAGCUAUUGUCGACCUUGACCUUCGCGCCCGACAUUGGAGCUCGAGCGUGGUCAGAUCGAUUCUACGAGAUGAAGCACACACAGGCGACUUACUACCCGCUCGUGAUCGUCGACACCGCAGCGGACCGGCUUGUCGCGACGGGGACUCUGGUUGUCGAACGCAAAUUCUUGCGCAGCGCGGGCAUGGUUGGGCACAUUGAGGACAUUUCAGUCUCGCCAUCACAGCAGGGAAAAGGCCUGGGCAAGACUCUCAUCGCUGCCUUAUCAACCCUGAGCGAGGAGCUCGGCUGCUACAAAGUCAGUCAGCCAAGAUUUGACGCAUCCUGCUUCGAGUCGCUUCACACGAUGCUAGGCAGCUUCAAGUGGCAGCAACGCGUUCUGACAAGUAGGUCUCCGAACUUUUGACCACAGUCCAUCCUCGACUGUGAUCCCAAAAACGUAGGUAAGGCGCAAUAGAAAUCCUUUCUGUUGAACCCGGAAACGUCUUUCUCUCCGAGCUGAUACUCCUACAUUCUCGAGCGAUUCAGCAUUCUACGCCAAAUGCGGGUGAGCAACAUCGAUGGGCCAUCGUGGAGCUUUCUGUGUCUAAGAGAUUUCAGAUUCGCGACACAGAUAUGAGAACAAGGGCGUCGAGAUGUCCAGGUACACAGUUGAACCUUUAACGGGGGCGGACUAA